AUGCCUCUGCCCCAGAAGAGUCCACAAUACUCAUGUGAUCAAUGCCUUCCGGCCCACAGUGUGACCCAGGGCCUGGAGGAUGCAGACGACUCCAAGGCUCUGGAGGAGACCUGUCUCUCCUCCCAUCCUCUAAUUCCUGGCACUUCGAAGGAGGCUCCUGGUGUUGGUAUACCCAGCAACCCUGAGAAUCCUCAGAGUUUCUGCUCCUCUUCCAUUGCCAUUGCAACCACCUCAACAAGUGAGCUGAAUGAGGGCUCCGAUAGCCAAGAAGAGGAGGAUAGCACCUCAGGGGCUGGGCCAGAUGCCAAGAAUGUGCCCGUAGAUGCUCUAGAUAAGAUGGUGGCUUUGUUGGUGGAUUUCAUGCUGUUCAAGUAUCUAAAGAAAGAGCUCAUGACAAAGGCAGAUAUGAAGAUCGUCAUCAAAGGGUAUGAAGAGCACUUCGCUGAGGUCUUCCUGAAAGCCUCUGAGCGCAUGGAGAUCGUCUUCGGCCUUGAUGUGAAAGAAGUGGAUCCCAUCAACCACUGCUAUGCCUUCUUCAUCAAAUUGGGCCUCACCUAUGAUGGGGUGCUGCAUGGUAAAGAGGGCAUACCCAAGACGGGUGUCCUGAUACUUAUCCUGGGUGUGAUCUUCAUGAAGGGCAACAGUGCCAGUGAAAAGGAAGUCUGGGAAGUUCUGAAGUUGACGGGGAUAUAUCCCGGAAGGAAGCACUCCCUCUUUGGGGACCCCAGGAAGCUCAUCACCCAAGAUUUCGUGAAGGGAAAGUACCUGGAAUACCGCCAGGUGGCCAACAGUGAUCCCGCACAAUUUGAAUUCCUCUGGGGCUCAAGAGCCCACGCUGAAACCACCAAGAUGAAAGUCCUGGAGUUUCUGGCCAAGGUUCAUGGGACUGACCCGAGUUCUUUCCCAUCUCAGUAUGAGGAGGCUUUGGAAGAAGAAGAAGAGAGAACCCGAGCCAGAAUGUCAGCCAUGGCUAUCUCUACUUCUGUGGCCACUGCAAGUUUCUAG